AUGUUUCGCUCCAAGUAUGAUGAAAACGCAACAACAUUCUCACCAGAAGGUAGAAUCCUUCAGGUUGAAAAUGCAAUGAAGGCCGUCCAACAGGGCAUGCCAACUGUUGGCCUUAAAUCUAAAACACACGCUGUCAUCGCAGGUGUUAUGCAUUCCCCAUCAGAAUUUUCAUCUCAUCAGCCUAAAAUUUUCAAGAUAGAUCAGCAUAUCGGUGUGGCAAUUUCUGGUUUAACAGCCGACGGCCGUGGACUUUGCAAAUUCCUCCGCAAUGAAUGUCUUCACCACACAUUUUGCUUUGGUACUGAGAUCCGUGUUGCUGAUCUCGCUGAUACAGUUGCUUUACAAUCGCAGAAGAAGACAUCUAAAGUUGGAAAACGUCCAUAUGGUGUUGGACUUUUAAUGAUUGGUGCUGGCGUCGAUGGCCCACGCUUAUUUGAAACAUGCCCAAGUGGCCAGCAUUGGGAAUAUAACGCCCAGGCUAUAGGACGUCGCGCUCAGGCUGCCAAAACAUAUCUCGAAACAAAUCUCAAUGAAUUUCCAGACUGCACCCGUGAUCAGCUUAUUCGCCAUGCAUUAAGAGCAUUAAAUGAUUGCAAGUCUCGCGAAAGUGACUCUCUUGAAGCUAUCGCCCUUGGUGUUGUUGGUAUUGAUGAGCCAUUUACAAUCCUCGAAGGCCCAGAACUCCAGAAAUACAUUGACUAA